GCCCUCGGCCGCCGCCGCCGCCGCCGCCGCAGCCACAGCCUCCCCUGCCCGGCGCCAUGGCCGCUGCGGCCGGGGACGGCGCGGUGAAGCCGCUGCAGUGUGCCAUGAAGCUGGCCAACGGGGCCAUCGAGCUGGAUACCGGCAACCGGCCCCGGGAGGCAUAUACGGAAUACCUGAGAAGCAUCCACUAUAUCUCCCAGGUGCUGUUGGAAGAAGUGGAGACAACCAAAGAAGGCGGGGAAACUGUGGCCCCGGACACCUCAAAGAUGCUGAAGCUGGCCGAGCAGUGUCUGGAGAGGGCCCAGUCAACAGCUGCCAAGCUCGGGAAAACAUACCUGAAGCCAGCCAUGCCCACAGCUGCUCCUGUCCCCUCACCGACCAGCCGACAUCGCCGGGUGUACUCAGAUGAAGGGGGGAAACUCUCUCCCUUUCUGCCGCCCGAGAUCUUCCAGAAGCUUCAAGUGGUAGAGUCACAAAGUUCUAAGAAGGAGCUGACGCCCCUGCAGGAAGCCUCUCUGCAGAACCAGAAGCUGAAGGCCGCCUACGAGGCCCGGAUGGCCCGUCUGGACCCCAGCCAGGCCCUGCAGAAGACCUCCCUGACCCUGUCCCUGCAGCGGCAGGUGAUGGAGAACCUUGUGAUCGCCAAAGCCCGGGAGGAGACCCUGCGGAGGAAGAGGGAGGAGCGGCGGCUGCGGCUCCAGGAGGCAGCCGACAGGAGGUUCUGCAGUCAGGUGGCCCUGACCCCGGAGGAGCGGGAGCAGCGGGCCCUCUAUGCCGCCAUCCUCGAGUACGAGCAAGACCACGACUGGCCGAAGCACUGGAGAGCCCAGCUCAAGAAGAGCCCGGGGGACCUGUCGCUGGUGACCAGCCUGGUCUCCCACCUGCUCAGCGUUCCCGACCACCCCAUCUCGCAGCUCCUGAAGAAGCUCCAGUGUGCGGUGUACCGGGCGCUGUACCCCGUCGUGAGCAGGGGCGCCGCGGGCGCCGCUUCCGCCCCCGGCUGCUGUUCCUUGUCCCCCGACGCCGACGGGCUGCGGGCUCCCGGGAGCCGGCGGCUCCGGCCCUCGCAGAGCCUCUACUGCGUGCUCUCCCCCGCGGAGCCGGGCCCCGCCCCUCGGCCCCCGGACGGCCCCCACGGCAGCCCCCCCACGCCCCCGCCGCACGCCGGGCCCCCCGAGGGAGGGGCGGCCGGCGGCCCCGCCGGGCCCGCCUCCCCCCUGGCACACGCCCCGCCGGGCGUGCAGAGCAGACACAGCUCCUUCGAGGACCUCGAACACUUCUUGGCCACUUCUGAGGGGUGGGGCCGGGGGCGUGGGAGGCCGCCCGAGCCCCAGGCCUCGGGGGUGAAGACGGAGCCGUUGUCGGAGCAGCUGAAGAGUGCCGUCAAGGACAUACACAACGCCAUCGACAGGCUGCUUUCGCUGACUCUCCUGGCUUUCGAAGGCCUGAAUGCGGCCGCCUCCAAGGACCGAUGCCUGGCCUGCAUCGAGGAGCCCUUCUUCUCCCCCCUGUGGCCCUUGCUGCUGGCACUCUACAGGAGCGUGCACCGCCUCCGGGAGGCCGCCCUGAGCAGGAGCAUGGAGCUCUACAGGAACGCGCCCCCGACGGCCAUAGGCGUUCCCACGAAGCUCCUGCCCCGGGGCCUGGAGGCCACAGGAGCUGGUGCCUUCCCCUACUGUGCUGCAGCCCAGGAGCUGGGGUUGCUGGUUCUGGAGAGCUGCCCCCAGAAGAAGCUGGAGUGCAUCGGACAGAAGCGGUGUGAGAGCAGUAUCUUCGGGCGGGAGCUUCCCAGUUCUGCCAGCUCCACUCGUGCCGGGAGGGGCCGGUGCCAGGGGGUUGUUCUGGGACUGGCUCCCCUCGGCCCUCUCCUGAAGCCUCACUUUUGGGCCACAGUGCGGGUCCUGCGGGUUAUCUGUGCCUGUGCCGAGGGUUACUGCCGGGCCCAGGAGGCUGCGUCUGAGGCCAGACCCCAGCUUGGUGCCGCAGCCAUCGGUGCCGACGACCUGCUGCCCAUCUUGUCCUUCGUGGUGCUGAGAAGCGGUCUCCCCCAGCUGGUGUCAGAAUGCGCAGCCCUGGAGGAGUUCAUCCAUGAGGGGUACCUGAUCGGAGAGGAGGGUUACUGCCUGACGUCACUACAGAGCGCCCUGAGCUACGUGGAGCUGCUGCCCCGGGGCGCCCUGGGCAAGUAGAGCAGGACAGGACCUGCGGAGGACCACCAGGAGUCACCUGCUCUGGGUGGGUGGGGGGGCGGCAGCAGGCCGGCUGUGGCGGGGCUCUGCAGCUCUCACUCGUGCCCUGACCGGACGUCUGCCCCAGGGCCUUGAGGAGGCCCCUGUGCUCUUCAGAGGAUAGAUCUGAGCUGAAUCAGCUCCUGGGAGCCAGGCCCUUCUCUUUCCUCAGCCUGACUUUGUGCAGGGAAACCAGAGCUGUGGACUCCCCUGGGGCCUGUGCACCCUCGCAGACCCAGCCACUCAAGGGUAGGGAGGGAGCCGUAGGCCUGGCAGAGGGCAGGUCUGCUUUCUCUCCCUUCCCAUCUCCUGUGACAGCCAGCUUCCGGUGCCAGUUUCUUGUUGGGGUCAAGGAGAGAGCCGUCCCCAUCCCCUGCCUCCAAGGCCUGGAGCCCAGGUGGUCUGAAGCUAUACUGUUUACUUACGGGGCAUUGAGCACUCCCCUCUCCUCUGUAGCCCAGGCCUCCCCAGGGUGCCCACCCGCGUCUGGGGCCUCUGAGCUGUGCCCUCCCUCGGCAGUAGGCAUUGGACAUCCUGGGGCCUCUGGCUGAUUCCCGCCCCGCACGUCCCUUUCUGGGUCAGCGUGAAGCCGAGGGUCAGCGCCUGCCUGCAGCGCAGCGUCCGCUCUGUUACGUGCCCCGGGCAGCCACUGACACGGCCAGAAAUAAAGAGGUCACUGAUGUCUC